CAUCCCCCAAUACCCCAGGGAUUGAGCACCCUGUAGCCUCGGGUCCCAGGGCCUCUCUCUCCUGCGCAUGCUCCUUCCCAGCCUGAGACUGAGAGCCCAGCCUUCACUCACCCAACGCGCAGGAGUACAGCCCCCUCCCCACGCCCCUUCCCCACGAAGGCGUCCGUCGCGUUGUGUUUGCGUCAUCGCGCCACGCCACCACUGGAGGCUGGGGAAGAUGGCAGCCGCCGUUCUUAGUGGGCCCUCCGCGGGCUCCGCGGCUGGGCCUCCCGGAGGGGCCGGGGGCCUCUCGGCAAUGAACUCUGGUCCGCGCCUUCGCCUGCUGCUGCUGGAGAGCGUUUCUGGGUUGCUGCAACCGCGAACAGGGUCCACCGUUGCUCCCGUGCAUCCUCCGACGCGCUCGGCCCCACAUUUGCCCGGGCUCAUGUGCCUAUUGCGGCUGCAUGGGACGGUGGGCGGGGCCCAGAACCUUUCAGCUCUUGGAGCAUUGGUGAGUCUCAGUAAUUCACGUCUCAGUUCCAUCAAAACUCGGUUUGAGGGCCUGUGUCUGUUGUCCCUGUUAGUAGGGGAGAGCCCCACAGAGAUAUUCCAGCAGCACUGUGUCUCUUGGCUUCGGAGCAUUCAGCAGGUGUUACAGUCCCAGGACCCGCCCCCCACGAUGGAGUUGGCUGUGGCUGUCCUGAGGGACCUGCUCCGGUAUGCAGCCCAGCUUCCUACGCUGUUCCGGGAUAUCUCUAUAAACCACCUCCCUGGCCUUCUCACUUCCUUGCUGGGCCUCAGACCAGAGUGUGAGCACUCAGCUUUGGAGGGAAUGAAGGCGUGUAUGAUCUAUUUUCCUCGGGCUUGUGGUUCUCUUAAA